UUGUAUGACUUAGUUGAGUCUGAUCUUCCAGUUGGGCCUAAACUGUCUAAGUUAAAUAACUUGAUGAUGUUCUUCUUGAGAGUUCGUCUUAGCUAUGGCAUUGAGGAUCUUGCUUUUCGAUUUGGUGUCAGUAAAGGCCAAGUGUCAAAGCAUUUUCAUAAUGUUUUGGACAUAGUUUAUGUCAAAACAAAACCACUUAUUAAGUGGCCAGAUCGAGAUGUUUUAAGGUUAACCAUGCCUACUUCAUUUCGUAAAUUUUUUAAAAAGUGUGCUGUUAUCAUUGACUGCUCUGAAGUAUUUGUUGAACGACCAAGUGACUUGAUGGCAAGAGCACAAGUUUGGAGUAAUUAUAAGCAUCAUUCGACGAUAAAAUUUUUGAUUGGUAUAACUCCACAGGGUACCAUUUCCUAUAUUUCUAAAUGCGCAGGUGGCCGAAUUUCUGACAAGGAGAUAGUUGAGCAGUCAAGCCUUGUCAACUAUCUGCUACCAGGUGACGUUAUAUUGGCUGAUCGUGGGUUUACCUGCCAAGAUCACGUAGGUAUGUAUAUGGCCGAAAUCAAAAUGCCCCCUUUUACUAAGGGUAAAAAGCAAUUAGAGAAAUAUGAUGUUGACUGGAGUAGGGAAUUGUCUCUUGUGCGUGUGAAUGUUGAACGAGUGAUUGGUGUACUAAAGCAAAAGUACACCAUUCUGCAGAAUAUAUUGCCUGUUCAGUAUUGUGAGGCAAGCACAUGUGGUGAUACUAAUGUGACAGUUAUUGACAAAAUAGUUCAUGCAUGUUGUGCUUUAGUUAAUUUGUGUCCUUCCAUUGUAUCCCAAGACUAAAAUGA